AUGGACAGACAAUCGAUAUACUCUGCUCACGUCUUCGAGCCGAGCUUCGGCCAGAACGAGGACACUCGGAUCCAGAUUCAGACGCAACUGGAAAACUUCGUCCUACACUUCAGACAUGACAACGACUACAUCUACAGAAACCAACUCAAGGAAAAUGCGCUACUCAAGAAGUACUAUUGCGAUGUCGACGUUACCGAUCUCAUCAACUACAACGAGGAGCUGGCACACAGGCUGGUUACGGAGCCUGCAGAAAUAAUUCCCCUGUUCGAAGCUGCUCUCAAGAAAUGCACCCACCGAAUCGUUUUCCCCCAACUGACGAAGGUCGACUUGCCAGAACAUCAGCUGCUGCUUCACUCCAGCGCCGAGGAUGUGUCGAUCCGCAACCUAGACUCUAUGACGAUUGCUCGCCUUGUCAGAGUACCGGGAAUCGUUAUUGGUGCUUCGGUCAUGUCGUCAAAAGCCACUGAACUUGUCAUUCAGUGCCGUAACUGCGCACACUCCUCUUCGAUCCCAGUCCUUGGGGGCUUCACCGGCGUCACGCUCCCUAGACAGUGUGGUAGACAGAGAAUGCCCAACGACCCCACUGCCAAGUGCCCUCUCGACCCAUACUUCGUCGUCCACGAGAAAUCGAGAUUCGUCGACCAACAAAUCAUCAAGCUGCAAGAAGCACCGGAUCAGGUUCCUGUGGGCGAGCUUCCGCGGCACGUCCUCAUUUCAGCUGAUCGCUACCUGACCAACCGCGUGGUUCCGGGCUCGAGAUGUACAGUUAUGGGCAUCUUCUCGAUCUACCAGAACAAGGCCACCAAGAACUCCAGCACUGGCGGCGCGGUGGCUAUUCGCACUCCCUACCUGCGGGCGGUGGGCAUCCAAACAGACAUCGACCAGACCGCUAGAGGCCAGGCGCUCUUUUCCGACGAAGAAGAACAAGAGUUCCUUGAACUGAGCAGGCGGCCGGAUCUGUAUAACAUCAUGGCGGACUGCAUAGCUCCUUCGAUCUACGGCAACCGAGACAUCAAGAAGGCGAUUCUGUGUCUCCUCCUCGGCGGUUCCAAGAAGAUCUUGCCUGACGGUAUGAAGCUUCGUGGAGACAUCAAUGUCCUGCUGCUUGGUGACCCCGGUACCGCCAAGUCCCAACUGUUGAAGUUUGUCGAAAAGUGUGCGCCCAUUGCCAUUUACACGUCUGGUAAGGGUUCUUCAGCAGCUGGUCUCACGGCCUCGGUACAACGCGACCAGUCGACCCGUGAAUUCUACCUUGAGGGAGGUGCAAUGGUUCUUGCAGACGGUGGUGUGGUCUGUAUCGAUGAGUUCGACAAAAUGCGUGACGAGGACCGCGUAGCCAUCCACGAGGCUAUGGAACAACAGACCAUCUCUAUCGCCAAGGCUGGUAUCACAACCAUUCUCAACGCAAGAACAUCGGUUCUGGCCGCCGCCAACCCGAUCUUCGGUCGUUACGAUGACAUGAAGACCCCAGGCGAGAACAUCGACUUCCAAACCACUAUCCUUUCCCGUUUUGACAUGAUAUUUAUCGUCAAGGACGAGCACACGAGGGAGAAGGACGAAAGAAUAGCGAGGCACGUCAUGGGCAUUCACAUGGGUGGCCGGGGUGUUGAGGAGCAAGUCGAGUCUGAGAUCCCCGUCGACAAGAUGAAGAGAUACCUCAGCUACUGCAAAUCACGGAUGGCUCCUCGCCUAAGUCCCGAAGCAGCUGAGAAGCUUUCAUCUCACUUUGUGUCCAUCCGCAGACAGGUUCAUGCGGCCGAGAUGGAGGCUAACACACGCUCAUCAAUCCCGAUUACCGUUCGUCAACUAGAGGCCAUUGUCCGUAUCACAGAGUCGUUGGCCAAGCUGUCCCUGUCUCCCAUCGCCACAGAGGAGCACGUGGACGAGGCCAUCAGACUUUUCCUCUGUUCCACCAUGGACGCUGUCAACCAGGGCAGCAACCAGGGUAGCAAGGAGCUCAACGAAGAAGUCAGCAGGUUAGAGACAGAGCUCAAGCGGCGUCUCGCGGUUGGAUGGGGCACCAGUCUGGCAAGCCUGCGUCGCGAAAUGUGCGAGCAGAAGGGUUACAGUGAGCAAGCGCUCAACAGAACGCUAAUGAUCAUGCAAAGGAGGGAUACCAUCAUGUUCCGGAACCAAGGAGCACAAGUGUACAGAAACGCAAUCUGA